AUGUUGUCAGCUCGAGCAUGGGCGCUAGUGGUUGCUGCCUUUUCCAUGCUGGCCACUGCCAGCUCGGCAUCCUCCGCAGCCAGUAUUACCAACGAAAACACUCCUACUACCAAUAAGAAGCCUCCGGUCAAGGUGUUUCUCCUGGCGGGUCAGUCCAACAUGCAAGGCCACGGGUACAUGUUGGUACAAGACGACAAGGGGUCAUAUCGGAAUGGGACUCUGGAAUGGAUGGUGGCGACCGAUCCGACCAAGUACGGCAAACUAAAGGAUUCCAACGGCAAUUGGACCGUCCGUGACGACGUGUGGAUUGCCUACAAUCGACAAAACAUUGGCAAUGUCCGGGUCGAAAUGAACCAAUUCGGUCCUCUGACGCCAGGAUAUGGAGGAGAUCCGGGCCAGCAGGGACAACAAAUGGGGCCCGAGCUGGGAUUUGGUUGGACCGUGGCGGAUGGUCUUGUUGAACAACAAGAGCAACAACAAAUUCUACUCGUCAAAAUUGCCUGGGGAGGACGCAGUUUGGCCGGCGAUUAUCGACCACCCUCGUCGGGUGGAGAUACUGGAAUCUAUUAUCAAACCAUGAUUGCCAACACCUACAAGACAUUGGCACACUUGGAUCAGUACUUUCCGGACUAUGAUGGAAGAUACGAGUUAGCUGGCUUUGCGUGGCAUCAGGGCUGGAACGACGGCUGCGACGUCAACAUGACGGCCGAAUACGAAUUCAAUCUCGCCAAUCUGAUUCGAGAUGUGCGCAAGGAUUUGGAUGCACCCAACUUGCCCGUAUCGAUUGGUGUCUCGGGAAUGGAUGGUUGGAGACACAAUCCUCGUCGGGAUGGAAUCAUCCAUGCGCAAUUUGCCGUGGCCAAGUAUCCGGAAUUCAAAGGGACCGUCGAAUCGGUUGAAACCAGAGACUUUUUACGACCGCCUCUCCCGGAAUCACCUGGGAAACAGAGCUAUCAUUGGAACAAUAAUUGCGAGACGUAUUGGUUGAUUGGCAAGGCCAUGGGAGAGGCCAUGCUGGGGUUGUUGCCAAAGAAGAAAAAGUCAACAGUAGCAACUAGCAGCAGCGACAAGGACAAUGGUGCCCUCGCUUUGAAGGAGGAGAAAGACGCAUCACGUCAAAACUACAUCCGAAAGGGUGCCUCCAAACAAAACAUCCAAUCGAGCAUGGACCGGGCCAAAGCAACGCAGUAG